AUGGACAAGUACGGUCACAACCUGGAACAGGAACUUGACACCAACGAGAGUCUUUUGGAGUUCGCCACUCUGAAGACGUGGCUGGAUGAAGUGGUCGCUCAACAGCGGUGCGCGCUAGGGCUGCACACCCCAAUCUCCGCCGAACAGGGUUCAAAAUUCUCCACGUUCUUCGCUCGGCCCGAAUGUGGCGGCUUUCGGCAACAUACGCCAGCGAAGAUUCACAACAUGGUCAAGAAGGUGCUCACGAAACAGUUUCUAGCGUUGCUGGACAUGCAGAACAAUCCGCUGAACUUCUCCAAAAUCGCUCAGAUUCAUCAGCGAGAUCGAGUCUCGGGGCUUCAGGAUCAGCUCAUGGAAUCGCGGAGAAGCAACUUGCACAACGACAGGGACUCUCACCACUGCGACACGCGGCGUCUGGCGGAAGGGAGCAACCACACUCAUCCUGUUGUCAUUCGCACGCCUCCCACGGACCUCUCCCUCUACGAUGCUCUGAUUCAGGUGCGACGCGAGUGUGUUCGCCUGGGCGUGGUGCCGGCGACCGGCCCGGUGCACAGCAUCGACCAUCGCUGCCGUCUCCUUCAGAUGAAGGUGGCCGACUUCCACCGAAAGCAGAUGCUCAUCUACGAGUCCCAACGGCGGCAGCAGUGGCGAAUAGACAUCGCUCCCCACGAUGCAGCCUUGCUCAAGAACUUUUCUCACCACCACCGAUCCGAGCAUCUGAGGCACGCGCUGGAUGCCAAGGACAUGGACCGUGUUUGCGUCUUGCUUGAAUCGGGAGCCGACCCCAGCACCGAGCUGCGCAGCGGGCUAUUCCCGAUGAUAGCCGCCGUCUUGAAGCGAUCCAUUCCGAUUAUCCAACGACUGUUGGCUGCAGGAGCGGACAUAAACCACGGCAGCUCGAAGGGCAUGACGGCUCUCAUGUGGGCGGUGAAACGCAACGACUAUGCGAUGGUGGACGCCCUCCUUGAGGAAGGAGCAGACGUCGAGGUCGAAGGAUGCUCGGGCUGGACGGCGAUGAGCAUCGCCUCCCGCCACGGCAGGAGGGACAUCGCGCAGUUCCUCGUAGAGACUCUCCGAGCGGACAAGGUUGUCGGCGACAUGAAAGCGACCAGGGCGCUGAACCACCGAAGCAGCGUGAACCGCGGCCUAACGCCGUUGGCGAUCGCGGCGAUCCACCGAAACGAGGCCAUGGCGCGGUGCCUGAUGCGGCUGGGUGCCAAGCCCGCGGUGAAGUGCCACCAAGGGCACGUGGCCGGAGAGCAUGCCGCCAAAGCAGGGUGGGGCGUUUUCGGCCUCUGGCUGCAGGAGACUCAAGCGUUUGGCGACCGCGGGGUGUACACGUUCGCGGACAUGAACGCUGAGAAUGCUCUUCGGGUCGCGGAGCAGCGAAUGCUGGACGCAAUUUCGUCCGGCGAAACGGUAGAAGACGACUCGAAAAGGAACUCUAGGACAGCCUCCGUGGCUUCCAACAGCGGUGGUAGUAGGCCGGGGCCUACGAUGACCGGCAGCAGCAGCAGGCAGGUGUCAUCUGCGAUAAGCGGCGAUACCCGGCCGUUAUCGUCUGCGAGUAGCGGCAGGCGACCAACGUCUUCGAGAAAACAAAGCGAACAUAGACCGACGUCCGCGGUUUCUGCCACGGCAACGGAAGAAGGGCACAACCAAACCCUGCCGGAGCCGCUGCCGGAGGUGCUAUCCGAGUCAGCAAGAGACGGAGGCCUUUCGGGAUUCCUAGACGUGACGCAGUUCCAGCUGGGACAGAUUCGAUCAAAGAUCCUCCUAACCGUUUCGAUCUUGCACGAAGGUCGCGCCGCUCCAGACACGGAGAGCGACUCCGGACACACGGCGCUAAUCUCCGCUGCGUAUCGAGGGCAGUCGAGUUCGGUGCGUUCGCUCAUUCAAGAAGGGGCCGACCCCAACUAUUCCAAUCGAAAUGGCCGCACUGCGUUGAUGGCAGCGGCCGCGGCGGGCGACCUCAAGAUGGUGAUCAUUCUCCUGCGGCACAAGGCCGAUGCAGCCCUGACGGACAUUCACGGCAAGGUCGCCGGAGCGUACGCAUUCGAGAGAGGCUUCGCGGACCUGGCGCAGCUGUUGGCCAUCGCGGCGGCCGAUGGUCACGAGGCGGCCGUCGAUUGGGAGCUCGACAGGUUUCGCCGAGAGGAAGAGGAAAAGGAGCGGAAGCUGGUGCAGCACCUGAUGGACAAGCAAGGAGGGGUAGGCGGGGAUGGCGUUCCCGAGGCAGACUUGUACGAUUGGAUGAUUCGAGUCACGAAGCCUAGGGAGACCGCCAGAAUCGCGGAUCGGAAACUCCAGAGCGAACAGGGCAGCUUUGACCAGGCUGAGCCCGGCAAACACAAAAACAACAGCGUGUCACCCUCACGGGGGCAGCAAAAAGGCAGGGAACGCUGCCCGAAAUGCACUCUCUUCGUACCGUGCCUUCAUUUUGCCGGCGCGAAGCUGCCAGACGAGGUUGCGGAAUGGUCCGUGAACCAGCGAGGCGCCAGCCGCAGGGCCAACGCUGGGGGGAAACGCUUGGUGUAUGCACGGAGUGGCAAUGAGAGCGUCGCUUGGUGGAGGACUCUUCACCAAGCACACCGAGACCGCACGCUUCCCCCUCGCCCUGUGGAGAGAUCGCGUAGCAGUACACCACCUGUGGCCGGCUGAGCGAAGUCGUUCAGCCUACAUAUACCCAUGCAAUAGUACCAUAUUUCACCUUACUUAUGCGUUUGUUUUGACGUGCUUUCGUGUGCAUUGUUCAUGGUGAUUAUGAUGUUGUUGUGUUCGCGUUUGGUGAGUAGUCUAUGGGUUGCUCUCCUAAGAUUGCUUGUGGUUGGGGCUCCACGUUCUUUCGCGCUCACAGCGUCCACCAGAAGCAACCAGUCAGUGCUUGUAUACUUUGGACGAAGUAAGGUGUGAACGGUGCCACAUACAAUAAUGUUGGAGUUUGCGAUGAAUGGAGGUUCCUGUUGCCACAUGGUACUUAUUGUAGUAAAUACGUAUAUUACAUGAAAGCACAUUACUACUCUCUGACCGU